AUGCGCGCUAGGACACUGGAGACCGCUCUGGCAAUAUGGCUCUUUAUGCUCGGAGGGGAAUGCGCGUGCUCGCCACCCACGCCGAUGGUCUUGCCCGUAACGAAUGUCAGUCUGGGUAAUGGUCUGGUGCGGCGAGGAGUAGCUCUUGGUAUAGGCAGUCCGCCGCAAUACUUGAGCUUCAGUAUACAAGGCUGGUGGAACGACACAUGGGCCUACAAUACUACGCAACUCAACACCUACAAUGGGACAGACUUCACCAACAACACAGGCUGCGACUAUACCGCCCACCUGGAAGCCUGUACUACUCUCCGUGGCGGUCUAUACACCCAGCCUCAAUCAUCAUCCACGCACAAAGUCUUCGACGAUGUUGACGCUGCCGGCGCCGACGAUAGCGAUACGUUGCGAAGACUGGCAUCGUCAAUGUGGUACUCGGCCUGGCUCCAAGAUACUCUGGUCAUAAACCAGACGAUAAGCCUUCCGAGCUAUCCCAUCGGUAUGCCCGGUCUCGAGUGGUCACGAGCUUCCGCGCAGAAUCUCCUAGGUCUAGGUCGCAACUCGACAUUUCUUACUAGGCUCAAGAAUUACGGUCAUAUCGGCUCACGGUCCUAUGGGUUUUGGUGGGGCCAGACGGGUUGGUCGUCCAAUUUGCAGAUGGAUGGACAGUUAGUGCUUGGUGGUUAUGAUGCAGCCAAAACGACUGGACCAAACUACACCUUCCCGCUUGGUGCCUGGACGGCCAAUUGUCCCAGUGGCAUAUAUCUCAAUGUCUCGGAUUUGUCUGUGGUCCUGAACAAUGGCACGAAGAAUAGUCUUACGAAGACCGCGACCUUGCAGGGCUGCUAUCGGCCGGACUUGCCGACUAUGAUCAGUAUCAACAAUGAUCCUUAUUAUGAUCGCUGGCAGCAGUAUACGGGCCUUACGAGGUCUGGCAGCUCGGGUGGGGUGGACUACAAUUCCAUCUUGUAUGAUUCUGGUGAUACCUUCACAGGAUCUUUGAACGUAUCUCUGGUCGGCGGUCCGACGAUAGAGAUCCCAAACGAUCUGCUCGUCGGGCCACAGGUCGUCAUCGACCAAGAUACCGGCGCCAUCACGACAAAUUCAUCUUAUAGCGAGGUCUUGAUCAACCCCAAACUAAAUUCUCCGCAGCCCUUCUACUUCGGAAUGCAGUUUUUCUCGCUCAUGUACGUCGUCGUGGACUACGAUGCUGGGACCUUCACGAUAUGGCAGGCAAACCCCACAACAGCUUCGGAUCUGGUUGCGAGUAGAAGUGCUUGUAAGGACUCGGAUGGUUCUUCAAGUGGUUCAUCCGGAGGAGGUGGUAGAAAAUCAAGCUUGCAUAAAGAGGGUCUGUCGGCAGGUUCCAUUGCUGGCAUCAUUGUCGGCAUCGUCGCUGUGUUUGCAGUGGUUGCCGCUCUGGUCUGGUUGUACUUGCGUAGGAGGAACAACAGUCGGUAUAACACCGCUCCCAGCCAAGCUAGCGGAGAGGACUAUGCAUUGGUAGACCGCAAAGUGGCACUAUCGGAACCGCAUGAGAUGGGCGUGGGAAUGGUACGAUGUGAAGCCGAUGGUGGAGUUGCGGCACAUGAGAUGGGCAGUGAGCCGAGAGCGCAUGAGAUGGGGUCUGAUGCGAAGACGCAGGGGCUUGGCUCGAGGCAGGAAGCUGCUGAGCUGGAGUAG